AUGGCGGAGAACUGGGACGGCGGUAUCAAUGGUGGUCGGGAUGAGGAUGAGGCUUUGAGGACUGCGAUUGCCAUGUCAUUGGGGCGGGAGCCGGAGAAACGUGGUGGCGGUGGUGGGGUUAUUGAUCUCACGCAGGACGAUGAUGAUGAUGAUGUGGUGGUCGAGAAUGGGAAUGGAGGUCGGAAGGAUGGUGUUGUCCCUGCAGCUGUUGAUUCUACCCAAGGAAGCAGCGCCAUCCAGCCGAAAGCAGAGCAACAGACGGCACCGUCAUCAGAAGGAUUCUCAUUUUCAGCCUUGGGACUAGACCGGAAGAAGAUGGAGGAGGAAAGGCUGGCCAGGCUGAAGAAACGCAAGGCGUCUUCGUCUGGCGAGGAUCUUACCCGGGUGAUGCAGCGGCCCAAGGUUGAGAACAUAAGCACAAGCGCAAGCACACAACCACUUCGGCAGCAGCAGAACCAACCGCAGAUCCAGCAGCAGAACCAGCAGCAGCAAGCGAGCACACCCCUCACCACACAACCACCAUCACCCCCGCCAAAGAAGGAGGAAAAGCCAGCGGCAGUUCCUCAGGUCACGACAUCAACACCGCCUUCGACCGGACGUCUCCCCUUCCCCCGCGGCGCGGUCAAGAAGACGUGGGCGUACGGCCACCCGCGGCAGGGGGAUGAUAUCAAGAUCGAAGAGGUCCUUCAGAAACAGCAGCUCCGGUUAGCCGUGCUGAGCUCGUACCAGUGGGACGAGAACUGGCUGCUUAAUAAGGUGGAUAUUUCGCGGACUAAAUUGAUCUUGGUGGCUUUUGCGGCGAAUGAAGCGCAGAAAGAGGAGAUGCGCUCCAACGUCCCGAGCAACCGGAUCCGGUUCUGCUUCCCGCCGAUGUAUGGGAUGGGCGCGAUGCACUCGAAGUUGAUGCUCCUCAAGUACGACACGUACAUGCGGAUUGUGAUCCCGACGGGCAACCUGAUGUCGUAUGACUGGGGCGAGACGGGGACCAUGGAGAAUAUGGUGUUUCUGAUUGACCUGCCCAAACUAGGUCCAGGGAAGCAGUUCGAGUCGACAUCAUUCAGUCGGGAUCUGAACACAUUUUUGCGAGCGCAGGGCCUGGAGGGGAACCUCAUUGACAGCUUGCGCAACUACGAUUUCUCCGAGACGGCGCCUUACCACUUUGUCCACACCAUUGCCGGCACACACGCGGACUGGUGCCAUACGGGAUACCCCGCCUUCGGUCACCAAAUUAGCUCUCUCGUGCGACUCGGGAACGACCCCAUCGAAAUCGACUAUGUGUGUGCUUCUCUCGGAAAUCUAAAAUACAAUUUUUUGGUGUCGAUGUACUAUGCCUGCGCCGGCGAUCCCCAGCUUGGGUAUGAGGCCCUAACAGCGAGCAACAAAAGCAAACGCAAGGCUCUGUUCGAGGAAGCGAAGUACAAAGUUGACGAGCAUAUGCGUGUCUUUUUUCCAUCGCGAGAAACCGUGGUUCAGAGCAAAGGAGGCGAAGAUGGUGCUGGGACGAUCUGCUUCCAGCGCCGAUGGUGGGAUGCCAAGACGUUUCCUAAACGCGUUCUUCGCGAUUGCAAGUCUGUUCGACCAGGGGUUCUCAUGCACAGCAAGAUCAUGUACAUGCGGCCUAGCGACCUAUCUAUUCGGGAAGGUCGAUGCUAUGCCUAUGUGGGCAGCGCUAACCUGUCUGAAAGUGCUUGGGGAAUCGUGUCGGGCGACGUUGAGACCGGUGAACCUUCGAUCACAUGCCGUAAUUGGGAAUGCGGCGUCCUCCUCCGAGCAGGUGACGACGAGUACGACAAAAAGAAGCGCGAAGAGCGCGAGGCCAAAAAUGGACCCACACCAGAAAACCUACCCACCCCUUCCUCAUUCCCAGCCGAGUCGAAACCGCCGGUUCAGAGUGCCAGCAACAACAACAACGCCCAUCAGGAGGGAUACGACCCGUAUAAAUGGUUCGCGGGCGGCGAAAAGUUGGAUGCAUUCAAGGGUUACCUGCCUGUGCCGAUGGAAUGGCCUAGUCGCGAGAUUAUCGACGGGCAAGGGGCAGGAGGUGGAAGGGGGGGUGGGUUGUUGGCCCAGACUCUGGUUGGUGCUGGGCCGGAUUUUGAUAGACGGACGCCCUGGUUUUUUCAGAGGGGGUGA